CCGCCAGGCUCACAACUCCAAUUUCCCGUCACCACCUUCCACUUGUGCCUCUUGGAGGUACUUACCUACCUAACCUUCUCUUGGAUACAUCGCCGGCGAAGCGAGACUCCUCGACGCGCCUUUUGCUUACCUACCUUCUACCUGUCCUCUAAUAUCCUAUUCCAGCCUCGAACGCUGGCUGGCUUGCUUCAUUCGCUCACAUAUUACUCAAGGCACCAGGCUACCCACUAACGGUUGCGGUGUAGACUAGGUCAUACCAUCAGGCUCACCACUUAGCCUAGCUCUGCUUCCCUCCAGCUUGAUCGUCUGUACCAUCACGUCGGUUCCCGCCAAACAUUACCUUGGGCGAUCUCGCUGCCGUUGAGCAAUCCCAUCCAUGUCCACGAUCGCCUCUUUUUGAGCACAUAUCUUUUACACCCUCUCGGUCUCGAUUUCCGCCGCGUUCCGUAUCGCUGCGAACAGGCUCGAUCAUCCCGACCUCUGCGUCCUCAAGAUACAUCUACUUCGACCCUCGAGUAUACCUCUAGCCAUUGACUCUUCCUGUUUGCGACAUGGACACCAACGGGGCCGCCGGUGCCGGCGCCGAUCCCGUCAUCGCGAGGAUUCACGAAGCGCUCAACAUUGUCCACAGCCCCUACUCUCCCAACCAGGCCCGACAGGAAGCUCAGGCAUUUCUGGAAGAAGUCAAGACCCGCGGUGACGCGCCCUCGCACGGGUUCAGCCUUGCUUCCGGAGGCUCUCAAGAACCCGUCGUUCGCCACUACGGCCUGUCUCUUCUCGAAUAUGCGGUCAAGCACAAGUGGUCCGAAUAUGACACCAACCAACGCGAGUUUCUCCGCGGUUGGAUCUUGCAACUGGCACAGGGUGUCGCAAAAUCAGAUCCGCCCUUUCUCAGAACAAAGAUGGCCCAGCUCUGGGUCGAGAUAGCUAAGCGCUGCUGGGUUGCGGAGUGGAUGGAUAUGGACGAGUUGCUGAACCGCCUAUGGCAGGUUCCGGGCUCAUCCGUGCACAAGGAGUUCGUGCUCCUGAUUCUCGAAAUCUUGUCCGAGGAGAUUUUCAACGGAGAAGACGCCAUCGUUGCUCAUAGAGAGGGAGCGCUGAGCAAGGGGUGCGUUGAGAUCUUCACCCCUUCUGCAGUGCUCAGCGAAGCCUUCCCAACCCGUCAACACGAACCCCAGGUGCGAUUCGGUGACGACGGAUGGAUCAGUAGAGUAACAGAACUCGUCCGAGACUGUUUGAACGAGAACCUCGACAGUAAUGAGGACGUCCGGGCCUGUGUCGUCAAAGCUUUGGCCGUUCUCAACUCCGUGAUGCCUUGGGCAAUACCAAAAGCCAUUCAUGCUACCGGUUGCCGUCCUGUUAUAUGCAAUGGCCUUGCCAACUCAAACGUGACCGUGCAAAGGGCUGCUUUGGAGGCGUUGCAUUCUCUCUAUUCCCGGUCAGCAUUCAGCAGCGAAGAGUUCGUCGAUCUGGUUGUUCCCAUGUACAGCCCCGAGUCGGUCGACCUCUGCAGACGACUUUUUGAAUGGUCGACAGUGGACGCUGAGGACAUUGACGACGACAAGUACCAGUUUGCCAAGAAAUUCUCCGAGAUGAUCUCGUGUGUUGGAAACUACCUUGACCGGAAGUACGCUUCCAUACCUCCCCAGGUUGACAUUCAGGACUUCCUGAAGCUUCUAAUAGCAGUGGUGCAGAGUCAGAGCCUCGUUGUCUCCAUUCCCGUCCUCGUGACCUGGACGCGCCUUCUUAACCACCGCUCGCUAGGUCCCGCUAUAGGGAAAACUGACAUGGUUCUCCCCCUACUGGACGUCUGUAGCUCUCGGCUGUUGCGCUAUGAGAACCUUCCUGAAGAUACGGAAGAUCCUACGUUUGUUCUUCUCAUGGAGGAUACCGAUACCAUCCCGGAGAGACAUGCUUUCCUGGGUAACUAUAGGCGAUACAGUUGUUCUAUUAUCGAAAGCAUCAUCCAGCUGAGGCUCACGGAUGCUUUCCAGUACAUCUUGAGCCAGGCAGAGAAUGCUUUGCAAACUCUAUACGAGGGACAGCCACCCCUAAAUCCGGCAACCUACCUCAAAAACUCCAUGCCCGUUUUGAGAGUUGACGCCCAUGCCACGGUCAUUGAGGCAGCCCUCAAAGGCUACGUCAAGUGGAGGGCAAGACAAGGAGAACUCCCUGGAGGAGACCAGGAAAUUUCGAGUAUCGAAACACAUCUCGAGCAGUGGUGUAGUAGGCUGCUGGAAAUGAAUAUUGAGGACCCUCUGAUCCGUAAACGUAUCCUCCAGCUGCUUGUCGCCUUCUCCACUACGGCUCUUGACACCAAAGCCAACUUCAUGCUGAGGGUGCUCGAGCAUAUCCUUAUGACAUGGCCUGCAUUGCAGCCUGAGCACAAGACCUUCAAUGAUGCCAUCAGGGAUCUCCAAACUGAAAGCAUGGUUGAAUUGCAAAGGCUCGCCUCCAAGAUGCCUGAUCAUUUACUGGACGUCUACGACCAACUUGAGGUUAAGGUCAAGGAGAUGAUCGCCUCUGGAACUCUCGAUGAGAAGCGCCAGAUUGCGUAUCGCAGUUUCCUCUUUAUCAUCAUCCACCGAGCAACUCGCAUAGACCAAGAAACGCGGAUCAGACGUCUUGCUGAGUUCGUCGAGCCGGUCAAAAACCAGUGGAAGGAAGCCCCGUUGCGACAAUCACUCAGCUCAUUCGAGGGAUUCUGCCAGCUCAUCGGUCUAGACAAGGCGCAAAACUACAUUGCACAGCGCCGUGUUCACCAAGUUGGUGAUUGGGGUGCGGUGGAACUUGAUGCCGAAGGGUUGGCGCUUCAAGCUGAACUUGAACAGAGACAAACGUUCCUUCCGUUACGUUCAACCAAGUCAUUUUUGACCUACUCUGUCGAGAAACUGGAGAAAAAUUCUCCUGCUUAUCAAGCAUCCUGCGCCCUCUGGCAGGACGGGUUCCCGACUAUUUUACCAGAACUGCUCAAGUUUUUGAGCUACGCACAUGCGUGCCAUGAUCCGAAAAAUUGGUCUUUGCUCCCAGAAGAUAUGCGUCCUGUUGUCAGCCGUCUCCUGACCGACCGCUUUUGGCAAGCCGGUAUUUCGGAAGGCAGCAAAGACGACUUCUAUGCGCGAGUCCUAGACAAGAAGAACACGCUAGAAGGGCUUGCCUCCACCAUUCGUGGAACUGUGCGCUUUGUCCGCGAGGCAUGCUACGCCGUUAUCUACUGCAUGAGCCGACUUGACGUGCAGUUUUAUGGGUUCACGGAACUUCCUGGGCCUUUGGCAAACGCCUUGUUCGCCGAUUCGUUCAGCCUCUCAUCUCAUCAGCUUAUUAAUCUGCUGAACUUGGUGAGGUAUCUCGUUGAUCACUGUCCUGUGGAGCUAAGGGAUCAUUUCCUACCUCCCAUCCUGGCCGCGUGCUUCCAGCAGAUGGAUGCCAAGAUCAGCAGCGAAUGGGAGAAGCUGGGCCAAAAGCAAACCGUGCAGGUGGCAGAUAAUGAGGAACUAACGGAGGAGAUGAAGGCGGAAAGUAUACUCAGGCAACUGACAUAUACCGCAGCCAUCAUGGUGGCUGAAUUCCUUGACCCGGCAAGGACCGGACCACCUAGCAACCUUCCGGCCUCUCCCAACGGCACCACUCCGGAAUCUAGGUAUCCAUCACUUCGGAGAUUCUGUCUCAUGCAAACGUCAAUCGCUGGCCCUCUCCUACUAUUCCUUUGCCACGCGAUUCACAUGCGUGAUACCAGGUGCUGUGGCGUCGUCCUGCGCGUUUUCCGAUCCAUCGUACCGGAGUUCCAGAUCCAGACGGGUCAGCCGAGAGAGCAAAAGGAACCCUCUCAUCCAGUGCUACCUGAUGAGAACUACCCUAUUCCCGAUGCUACCAAAGCGGAAAUUCACCAGUUCCUCUGCACCGACGUGAUGCGAGCCGCGAUCUCCUCGAUGAACGAUCCUUAUUUCGUUGACACCCAGAAGGACCUUGCAACACUGAUCGCAACAAUCCUUUCUCACUAUUGCGUCGGCGAUGAUUUCUCGGGAGGCAACUCCGCGCCCCGCCAAAUCCUCUGCUCACUGCCCGGGAUUAAGGAACAGGAAGUGGAUAGGACGCUUACUUUCCUGCGACGCCCCGGGACACAUUCGCGCCAACAGCGCGCUGUUGUGCUCGAUUUAUUGAGAAAUGUCAAGAGUGUGAGCAUUAGUGAGAUGGGCAAGCUCAAGGACCCUAGAGAAGAUCUUGUCAAGAAGGCUCCUAAGAGGAGCAAGAUGGCCCAGAAGUUCAUGACGCCUCAGCAGGGCGCCGAUACUUCCGUGACUGGUACUGAACAGGGAACUGGCAAGAGGCAAGCGACUCCUGAUCUAGAAGGAGUCGCCGGUAUGUUCGACGAAGGUCACUGAGCGAUGUUUAGACCUGCAAGAGCACAGAGUGUCAGCGGCUUGUUACAUUUGCUCUUAUCAACUUCGGGCUUUCAGCGCUACACUGCUGAAUUCAGGUGGCAAUGGCACACAAAAGCUCUAGGAUUAGGAUCUCCUAUUUGCUCCUCAGGGGGGCUCUGGGCGGUUCUUGGCUGCUUCGCAAUAACUUUGAACCUUCAUACGCACCGCGAGAUCGAUGGAUCUCACCGUGUGGCGCAUGAAGUUGCCACGAUGCCAGUCGGACGCAACACAUUCGCUUGCCGAUGCCGCUGUUCUCUGCUAUGAACUCGAUAAUACUUCACUCCCUUAUCUGGGGUAAUGACAGUCGCGAACUCGAAACAUCGGCUAAGGCUUGAUCUAGGAGUUUGCAUGUAAAGCGAAAAUCAAAGCUUGGGAAGAGAAUGGGUUGAAGGGCACUUUGAUGAAAGCUAACAGCGGAGACCAGAGCUACGGCGAUAGCACGGUUGAUGAUUGGCAUGACGGACUGCCGUUCCCUUGAUGUAAAUUUCCAGUCGGGAUUUGACUCCUAGACGUCGGCGUAGCUGAAAAAAAUUUAGGUAUAUAGAGAAACAAAAGCGACCGUGGGUUCGGGAAAAGAGCCUCCGUUGGCUGACUUAGAAUGUAGUGGAUUGACGUUAGUUUUAGGGUGCCCGUUCAACUUAGCUCGAUGGAAAACCUGACCCCUUGAUGUCUAACACAAUGUCAUGGUCAGUGUUGCCGGUCUUUUGGCACACAACUUUUUUUACAUCUAUCACGCAGGAACAUGUCAAAAUACUUCCGACAUCCCGGGGAACGGUACACCACAAUGUUAG